AUGACCAACGAAAGCGACCCAGACUCACAACAGUCCAGCCGCCUGCUGGCCCUCCCAGGCGAACUCAAAAACCGCAUCUACCGCCUCGCCCUCCUCCAGCCCAAAGACACACCCAUCCUCAUCACAAGCACCGGCUACGACCUCGGCGGCGGCCUCCUCCAAACCAGCAAACAGAUCCGGUCCGAAGCGCUCAAAAUCUUCUACUACGAAAACCAGUUCAAGCACACCGUCCAGCGCCUCGACGUAUCUCCCGCCAUACACUUCUGCCGCACCCUGGCGAAAGUAGAUCUCGGACCUCCGAGCAAACAACACCGAGUCAGCUUGUUGGUCGAGGUGUUUCUGACGCCGCACUGGCCGAACUUGCUUGAGUGGCUUAGGCUUACGCAUCAGGGGUUUAUGAGUCUUCCUGUGGAGGGGAUGACGCCCUCGGCUGGGAAUCUGGCGUUUGAGGCGGAGAAGAAGGUUGUUGCUUCGAUGUUUGAGGCGGUUAAGGCGUUGAAGCGGCAGCCUUGGAGGUUGGUGAGGGAGGUGCUGAGGGGGAUGCGGCAGGUUUUGGUCGUGCUGGAGCCUUCUUGGGGGGAUGAUUGGGUUGAGGGUUGA